AUGGACACAGGUGACGUGGUGAGUACGACCGGCACAGCCGUUUACCACCAUCCAGGCACAAAAAACGAGACACGACCGACUGCUCUCGACGAUCCGGCCGCGAUGCGAUACAUUCAGUGCCUCCGACGCACGAACCCAUGCGAUGUCUGGAGUCUCACCAGACGGACAGUCGUGCUCACAAAAGAGGCGGCUGGUGCAUGUCAAGAGUUCCAAGACGAGACGUAA